AGUAAGUAGCCGCCGUUUCUGUGUCCUCAGGAAUUAAAUCAAACUGUUUUUAGUGGUUUGUAUGGAAGUCUAAUUCAAAAUUGUACAUUCUUUCUCAAACAUCAUGGAAUAAAGAAUGUGCGCCGAGCAAAUUUAUAGUUUGCCAUCAAAACCUGUUUUUAAGCUGGUAGAAGAAACCAGCUAGUAUUGUAAAAUGCAUGUUCUCUGAUUGGCUGUUGUUCUGCAAGUACAUGUUCUUUCUAGCUGCGUUUACAAAUGAAUAGAUGUUGAAUUUAAAUAAAAUGAUAAGUUUAGCUGUACGUAACAAAAGACUGCCUUGUCACUAAUGUUUAAAGUACAAGAAACGGGAAGCAAGGGUUGCUUUGAAAAGUUAUUUUAAUUUUAAACUAUUUCAUGUUAAUUUUUGCUUGCAAGUCAUGGAUUGUUCGAUUCGAUUUAUGUCAUUGUUAUUUUUUGUACGUUGCUUGUUUGGCGAAGACGUCCAUGAACUUAUCCAUAGAACUGAAAGACAAACAUCUCGACUUAAGUGCUCAUAUACCUCGGUUUUGCACGGUGUUAUUCCACAGACAAGAUUUACCAAGGAACAUUUAGAGCAUCUUGGAGUGGUCAAUAAUAUUGAAGAAUGUGUACAAAUGUGUUGUGGCUCACAUAACUGUGACUUUGCUUACAUGUUAGCAAAUCAUUGCUAUAAAAUUAGAUGUCAAAAGCGCUACAAUUGUCGACUGAUUUCGUUGAGAGGAAGACGUAAGAUUGCUUCAAGGCUUGUGAAACUUGUGAGAAAGUCAUUAAAUGAUGAUUCUCAGACGUUUCGUAUGUCAUCACAUGAUGAUGAAUUAUUGUGCACACACAGUCCAUUUACAACAAAUGUUACUUUACGUGGCGGAAGAAAUGCUGGCAAUUUUACCAACCUUGGUGAUGUUGAAUCAAUGCACAUGUGCACAGCUCUUUGUUGUGCUAAACCUACAUGUGAUCUUGCUUUCAUGAUUCAAAAUACAUGUAUUGCUGUUGAAUGCCUUAGUGAGGAGAUGUGUCAAACUUUAAGGGCAAGACCAAACAAGUUGAAUCCAAAGAUCUCAUACAUAAGACGUAGGGAAAUCAAUCAAAAUAUAAGAAAAGCAAAUAUUGCAUUUGGUCAACCAUCCUCUCCAUCUUUCAUGCAAGCACAGCGACCUAAACCAAAAUUGCAAAAGAUCACAGUCACAAAAAAUCCCCACACUUGUAGUGUUACUAUGGCAGCAUUCAAUGUUACAUUACGUCAUGGCUUGGAUGGUGAGAGCACUAAACUUUUGGGUGAAGUCCAUACUAUGAAGAAAUGCAUAGAUCUAUGUUGCAAACAUAUUGGCGGAAAUACCGCUCUUCUAUUGGCUGGUAAAUGCUACGUCAUUAUGUGCUCACGUUUUAAACGAUGUGAGACAAUUCCACUGGCUUUAAAAGGUAUAACGUCGCAAUUAGCGUACUUGAAAAAACCAAAAUCUCAGCUUAAUUACAACGGGAUUGAUGAGAAAACAGCGACGGAAAUGAAAAGAACUUUAUGCUCCAGCAAAGUAAUUUUAAAAAAUCAUUUUCUCAAAGGAGGCAUAAAUUCUGGGAAUUUCACCAUGAUUGAAGGAGUGAAUGAUAUUUUCAACUGUACAAUGGCAUGUUGCAAUAAGAGGAGCUGUGAGUUAGCUGUUACUUUUAAUGGUAUUUGUUACAUUGGCACUUGCUUGGACAAGUGUAAACCAGUUAAACUUCCCAAUAGAGCAGCUGGAUUUACGUCUCAUCUUGGUCUUAAAAUAGGACAUAAAGACAAAACAGUAUCAGAACGUCAAACAGUCUCCUCUGCAAACACACAUAAGAUAGUAAGCUAUCGUUUACCAGCUCCUACAAUUCUGAAAACAAGCGCAUGUUCAGCUGAAAAAAUCUUCCAUAAUGUAACAUUGAUCGGUGGUAUGAAAGCAGCUAACAUUACAUCGCUGGGAAAAGCUAGUAAUAUGCAAGAAUGUAUUGGGAUGUCAUGUGAUUACGGUCAGGGUGAUUUGGUGUUGAUGCUUCAGAAAAACUGCUAUACGGUGAAAUGUGUUAAUGAAAGAGUUUGUAAAACGAUCCCUGCUCAACCAUCCAAGUUCUUUUCCCGCGUUGCAUAUCUGAAAUGGGGCUCUACAAUAAACGAGACAGAUGUUACUCUGGAUCAAUCAGACAACAAAAUGUACCCAAAAUGCUCUCGAAGUCACAUCCUUCAUAAUCACACAUUGAAAGGUGGCUUGCGCGCCGGUAACUUUUCUGUUAUUUCCCAAGUUGAUAGUAUCGAAAACUGUGCAGCAAUAUGUUGCAACGAAGACAACUGCAAUUUGGCUCUCAUGCUAAAUGAAGUAUGCUAUAUUGGAGACUGUGCUAACUCUGACCUAUGUGUACCUGUUCCUGUGCUUGGGGGUCCAAGAACGACUUCUCAGAUUGCAUUUAUAUCUAAUCCUAGAAAAUCUUCAGAUAACGAUCUUAUAAAUGAUUAUAGUUUGAUUUAUAUCUUCGUGGGAUCUUUUGCUAUGAUUAUCAGUAUUGUUGGUGUAAUGUGGGCAAUUUUCUUAUGUAUGAGAACAAGUAGUCCCUUGAGCAAAGGAAAGGAUCGUCUCUCUACAAUUGGCAAAGACAGUGAAUUACUUCGCGAUCUAAACAUAUACUCUUCAUGGAAUGACCAAGAAAACGAACUACACAAUUUAGGACUUUUCACAAACAACGGUCCUUUGUUUCUAAGCCAAAGUGAAUCUGAAGAAGACUUGUCAUCUUUAGAGGAGUACAAGAAAAAUAGAGCAGAAUUUGACAACUUAUCAUCAACUGAUGAGCGAGUUUCAUGUGAUAAUUUUAAUAACAAAAAUCACAUUGACCUGAUGAACGCUUUGAAUAAAAAGGCUGAAAAAACUAUGCAAAAUUUAUGAAGCUGUUUUUUGAUAAAAGAACUUUUUGGAUGAGAGAAAAUCGAGCAUUUAUAAAUAUUAUGUUUUUUGCUGCACAGUGUUCUGACUUUGGAAAAAAAUAAGAGUUACGUUUGUGGAAUGUAAUAAAGCAACAUAGUAUUUGAUAAAAUAACUUUUUGUGUACAAUAAAUGACAAGCUCAGUUUGCUGUAA